AUGAACGGUCUUCGAAAGAUCAAUAGUUUUAUUCGAGCCAGAAAAUAUAAACGAAAAGUUCGAAAAUGUGUUUAUAUUUAUACACCGCUACCUGGUAACAGGCUUGGAUACAUAAUAGAAUAUAGGCGACCUGAGUUUAGCGAAAUAUUCUAUUAUAAAUAUAAGAAAAAUGCCGAUAACACUCUGACAAAGUAUGGAUACUUUGUUUCUGAUCCUGGUGUAGGUUUUGGUCACAACAAUAGUAAUCGUACUAAGAAUUAUGAAAAUAAAGGACUUUGGACAAAUAAAGAUAAAGAUUGCAUAUUUUAUCAAACCGUUGCUGAUAAAACGCAAAUCGAACUUGAAUACCGUUGGAUGAACGAAAUAAGAAGUAAAGGUCGUUUGGAAAUUUGUCUUGAUGAUAAUAACGAUACUGAUAAUGAAUGGGUUGAUGUAAUGCAACAUAAUAAUAAAAUUUACAUUUCUGAUAACAUACAACGUCGAAGAGUUGCCGAAGUUUUAGAAAAAGUUGAUAAUAGUUAUGUUGAUAAUAAUAUGAAACUGUCAGCAUCUCAAGAUCCUGAAAGUAAAGAUCAUCAACGUCCUCAGUUAAAAACUAUAGAUUUACCUAUUUCUCAAUCAAAGACUUCAGAUAAUAAACAAUCUUCUAAUGCUGUUGAUGAGUUUUCACCUCCAAUUACUCCAAUAACUCCUCCGUCCUCUCCAAGUGAAAUUUAUUCUACUGUGAAGCCAAAUUGUUUAUUGAAUAUGAAUAUAAGACAACGUCAUCAAAGAGUAGCGUCCAAAGAUAGUGCAAAAAGCAUUUCUUCAAAUCAUAGUAAAACUACUACUGUCAUUAAACCUCGAAAACUUGUUCAUUUAACACAUCCUAAAUUCAGUAGAAAUCCCCCUAUGGUACAUAUAUUUGACCCUGAAGAUUCUUUGAUUUUUAAAAAUUGUAAAUGUGAACAUUGUAUUAUUGGUCAAUAUAAUGAAUAA